AUGGAGAGAAAGCGAUAUGCCACGUUGCAAAAGCCGUACAGUGCGACAGACGCUUUGAAACGGCUUAUUGACAAAGCUGAGAGUCUAUCCUUACGAGUAUACCUUACCAAGAGCGAGAAAAACAGCCUUAGAGCUGCUCUUACAAUCUUACAAACAGAAACGAAUGGCUGGAAGCGCCAAAGAUAUCAGCUGUAUUUACGCAGCUUGCUGAAAGAAUGCGGCGCUCAUGCAGUUCUCUUAUGUGCAGUUGCCUUGGGGCAAGUCAUCGUCGCUAAUAUGAAUCAGCAAAACCGCGAUCGACUUGGGGGCAUUUUUAAGACUGAUACUCGGCUUUCUGGAACUGUUAUACGAAAGCUUGCUGCUGUUGAAUGCAAUUUGCCGGAGAGUACACAGAGUCCCCGCUCAGGCUCAGAGGGUUUCCAGCAGCCAGGAAUCCUAACAGAAAAAACACCAAGUGGUAACGCAAUGUUUGAUACGUACGAACAAGCGGCCAUGUUGCCAGGGCCUCAACCAAGUGAAUCGAUCAAUGGAAGACGUGAGCGGAAAAACACAGACAAUCAAUUUGAAGCUAAAUACAUUCUAGAACCGGCGUUCACGUAUUCGAAAGCAUCAGUAGACCUUGUUCCGCAACUCGGGGAACUGAUGUACCAGGCGAUUGAAAAUAGCCAGCAAUGGAAGAUGGAAAGAGCGGCCGGAGAAGGGACGACUGAUUGUUUCGCGACGAUCAUACCCGAGGAUACAAAUGCAGAUAUUUCCAUCACUUUGUUGGUUGGGCAGAGGGCCGCUUGGGUAGAUGAAAAACCGCAAGGAACGAGAAGCCUCUUUGGCGAUCGUGAGUUUGAGGAGCGUGCUGGGUUAGAAACACCAGAGGGAUCGGUUGACGGACGUUUUGGUUCGUUCUGGUAG